AAAUAACCACCGUCUAUUUGAACACUUCAACUGUUACUGUUAGUCACCACGAAAGUACAGUCUACUGAACUUCUUUCCAUCGAGUGUUUCUCGUUAUUUGUGUCAAAAUGAGUCAUUAGACUCAUAAACGAUUUUGAUCGUUCGGCAAACAUGAUCCUUUCCGCUAUAUACUGGAACAGUCAAUUGUUAACAACUUUCUGAUUUCAAGGAGCAUCCACAUUUUUCUCCAACUAAUAAAGAAAAUCAUUUCAAACAAUCUCCAGAGUUUCUGAAAGCGAAAUGAUUAUCCGGAGACCAAGAAUGAUUAAAUUUCAAAGAUCUAUACCUUUGUAUAUAGUACUCCUUUUAUUUGCAAUUGCUUUAUCUUACUAUAUUUUAAUUGGAGUUUACACUGUAAUUGAACCUGAUAUGAAUGGUACUAAGAAAACAUCACAACAAAUUGUAUUUAUUGGAGGUUAUCCAAGAAGUGGCACUACUCUUAUGCGUGUCUUGCUAGAUGUACAUCCAAUGAUUCGAUGCGGUCCUGAAACUAGAGUAAUACCCAAAAUCCUCAACUUACGAGGUCAAUGGGGUAGAGGAAAAGAAAGUGAACGACUUACAGCUGCUGGUCUAUAUCCCGUUGCAGUCGAUUCUGCUGUACGAUCAUUUAUAUUAUCUUUAAUCCAAAAUGCUGGAGAAAAUGCACUUGUUCUGUGUAAUAAAGAUCCACUAUCAUUUAUUUACCUUGAAUAUUUGGCGGAAAUAUUUCCUGAGGCAAAAUUCAUCCACAUGGUACGUGAUGGGCGUGCUGUGAUUAAUUCACUAGUAAAACAUUACAUUCCUGACUCGCGUUAUAUACUACUUAUGUCAAUAUAAGUAGCACGCACCACAACAUCGGAAUUGGAAUUUUCAAAAAGCUCUACAUGGAAGAAACAAACUGCAUACAGUUGUUUGGGUUACAUUGUGUACAGAUUAAAUUAUAGUCAAUUCCCCAGAAAUGAUCUGUGGUGACUACCAGUUCAAUAAUAAGUGAAAAUAAAAAUACGACAUGUCACCAUCAAAGGAGCACCUGAACUUAUAGAUGAAAAAUUUUUUGCAUGGGAAAAUCGAGUAAAUCAGAUUUUAAAAUCAUGUGCAGUUAUCGGGCCCAAACGAUGCACAACAAUCAAAUAUGAAUCAUUGGUACUCAGACCGAGAGAAGUUCUGGGUGAACUGUUUGAAUAUUCUUACAUUCAACCUAUAAAUAUUCACAUCAUGUAACGUCGUCAUCUCUUACAGUUCUUCCAUAGUUGUCGUCCUUUUCAAUAAACCUUAUUAUUCAGAACAUUUCUGACAAAGUACGUACAUUGAUUUCUGAUGAUUAAUACAACUGUGUUUAGUUCAUAUGCAAAUGAUAAGAAUGCGCGAAGUCAACCUGCCGUUUCAUAUGAGUUGUCUGUUCUUCGCCUUACGGUUUCAUCGACUUCUUUAAACUUAUUGAUAAAUGGAAAUAUUUAACUAAAGAAUGUCAUAUUUCUAUUCCAUCAUACAACCUAUAACAAGGCCAAAUUAAUAACAUAUAUUAGAAAUUCAAUUGUUAAAAUCAGUUUUACUUUAUGCAGUGCAGAACUCAGACAUCUUUUAUUUAGGGACCAAUCCGCAUAUAUAUGUGGACAUAACUAAUCAUAUUUUUUCAUCCAAUAAAUCUAUUUCGAAAUGCAAGAGAAUGAUUUAAAAUCCAUAAUGACGUAGCAAGUUAGAAUGUGAUUGUCACUGGGUUCAGUUCAUUUACGAAAUAUAAGGAAUAUUCAGCAAUAAAAAUAUGCUCAGUGUUGCGAUUUCCGUAAAUCGUACAUCUGUACUUAGAGGUGAUUUCUUACACAUGGUAAUGUUCAGUAAAAUAGAGGGAUGUGUCAUCAUUUAAUAACUUAGUGUAAACUAACCGACCUUGGAUUCGUAAAUGUGUCAAGGACAAGCAUGACAUUUGACGAAAUCAAUAUGCAUCUACAAUUUACUCUCUUUUGUGGGGGAGGCUACACUGGUAGCAUAAACAGGACUUUUUAUGAACACAUCUCCUAGUGUUAUCCUAAUCGUCUAUCAAACUAGUGAGACGGUCGACAGAUGAGCUCCAGAGGUUCUUGUAAAUUCUGACAAAGUUGCUCUACCAAUAUCAUCCUUCACGGUCAUCCAUGUGCUCAAAUGAAUUGGUUUAAGGAUGAGUCGAUUUAAGAAUCUAUGCAACACAGAGGUUUUAGAAAUUUGUCGGUUUCGUAUCAAGUAUUAUGUACAGAUGAAAGACGUUUGAUUUUCCAUUGUUCUAUGAACUCAACAUAUCUUCCUUUCUCCCAUAUUCGACAACUAGCUGUUAUCACAUUUCUUCUAACUUCUCAGUUUUCUUCUUGAUUUAAUCAGUUGUCUUAUGUCAUUGAACUAUUCUUCAUAUACACACGUAGACAGUUAACGUCUACGUUUCUCCCAUAAAUUAUGAUUUCACAUUAUCUUUAAGAAUUCUAUACUAAUUUCCAACCAAAACAUGCGAACAUCUGAUAAAUUUUGGUGAUUUGUUAAGUAAUGCGACACCUCUCCAUUUUAUCAAUGAUACUAUGCAUGUAAAAAUCACCUGUGGAUGUGAUUGUUCAACUUGAAUAUAAAGGAUUGUCGAAAGAGGUAUUUUCUUUGACGAAUACGUUCUCUCGAGUAAAUCCAUGAAUUACUUUGUUGUUCCAUUUUCGGCAAUUACGUAUGCAUUUGAGAAACGAAGCUCUCAUGUGAUCAAAGCACAUUGAGAACUGUCCCACCAACUGAUACUGACAUUGACAUAAAGUAUCAAGUUGACUGCAGUCAUGAAUUCUAUCUUCGAUUAUUACUCUUUAAAUCUAUCGAAAACGAUCAACUUUCAUUUCUAAUUUGUUAUUCAAUCAUAUUUACAGUGGUGUGUUGUCCCAGAGUAAUAACAUGAAAACAUCCAACUCACAUAUUGUCAACUGAAGUGAAAUAAUAUAGAUUCACUUCAUUUCAUAGAUUUUCAUCAGCUGUUUACAACUUCACAUUUCUACGUUCCCCGGGUAUAACUUUGAGUGAUAAAUACAAAUGAACAAAAUAAACGGUGUGAAAUAUCAACCAACUUGUGUUGAAAAAUCGAUAACUGAGAAUAGUUUCGUAAAAAGUGAGAUAAAAUAUUUUGUACGCUAAUUAACAUCAGUAAAUUUAUUCACAAUAUCAAUACUUCCAGGUAUAUUGAACACCUCCAUAAUGAACAGAACACAUUCAGUUUAUGAUAACCGUAAACCACAUUUAAAUUAUAACUGUGUUAUUCUGUCAUUUGUAUAUGUUUGUUUCAGUAGAAUUUCUCGAAUUACCAUGGGAUCCAAUCGUUCUUCACCAUCAAACUAUUAUUAGUCAAAACUCUCUAAGCAAGUAAGUCGCGAGGAUAAUGAAUUCAUUUGCAUGUGAUUAUCAAUUGACACUUCCUAAUAAACUGAACCCCCAGGUUCCGAUCAGCUUUUAAAGAAAUUCACAAACACCACAUUAUUCACAACAUAGUGGUCAGUUAAUUGUGAAUAUCUCGAUCUCACAUUAUGUCAAUAGCUAUUAAAAUUACUCAGUGACAAUGUCUAAGAUGGUGUAACUUGAUGACGAUCAUUUGAAUUUUAUAGGAAGCAUCGAUCUCCUCAUGAUAAUAGCUAAGUUUGAGUACUGGUGUCGACUAGUACGAAAUCUAGAUCGAGAGUUUCCUGUCGAGAAUUUCCAACUACCUGACAAAUGCACUAAACCCAUACAUCUCGUUUACAGGUACAUCACUGCUAGUUGCAACAUCAUAAGAGUGGAAAUUUUAAAUCUCUGAAAAAACGUGAUCUACAGAGUUUUGAUGGGGACACUGUUGUCCAUUAGUUUGUCAGUUAAAUUCAUCCGACAUGACGAAAUUCACACCUUCUCAAUUAACCACUUUUCUUGUUAUACAUACACACAGACUCGAACCGAGUACUUCACAGGUUGUUCAUCCAAUACACUUGGCUUCACUAACUUCAUGGGCUUCAAGUGGUUCAGUGUUGCCCGAAUCUUUCAUCUCAUCAAUACACCGGGAAAGUGAUAUACUGAAAACACUUGGUUACGCUGAUUUGGGUGUACCACCACAUUACGGUACUCCAGAAAACCAGGUGGUCAAUAUAACUAGUUACCUUAUCAAUGAUUCACAAUUUAGACAGAUAUUCUAACUUCAUAUUUUCCAUGUGAUAAUUUACUUUUGUUGUCAACAUUGUUUUGUGUAAAUUGUGUGAUACUUGUAAGUUAUCUGUGCGUAUGGUUCUCAAGUCGUUUGUUGUUAGGAAAGUUGAGAAGUGUAUUUCUAGUUAUUGUGAAAUGUUAAAAUUUCCAUUUUCUUGUUAAUGAGGUAUAGAUUUCAAGUGUUAAUUAUUUUUAACUGUUAUGGUUGUUAGUGAUGGUGAUGGUAGUGGUGACAUUUUGUAUUGUAAUAGUUUUCUACUUUGUAUUUUUUUAAACUUCAUAUUCGUGUAACUUCAUAUUUCUAACUUCGUUACCAUAAUAAUAAAAAUGACGAUGAUGAUGAUGAUGGUGAUUGUGAGAUUUGUGAAACUUCUCCCUUUCUCUCUCUCUCUCUCUCUCCUUUGAUGAAUAUUCAACCAACAUAUCUUCAUUUGUGAUUAUGGUUUUUACUGUUUUUAUGUUGACUUUGUUUUAUCUUUAUAUACAUACUAUCUGGGAUAACAAGAGAUUGUUUGUUUUCUUUUUUUGAAUAAUAAUUUUUGAUUCUAUUUUAUUGUUAUAAAGAAAUACAUUUUGAUUUAUGAGUGAUAUAAUGUAUGAGUACAAUUUCAAUGUAUUAGCCAAUUCAUAUUUUGUAAUUUUGAAAGAU